GGAACAUGGAAAAUGUCAUUUUUUUAUGAAUUUUAGACGUCUGUCUUAAAGAUAUCACCAUACAUUUAUGCUAAAUAGAAUGUAACCACAAAGAGUGACACCAAGAAAAGUUAAAACCAUAAUGGGAGCCAACAGUAGUAGUAUCAGUGAACUGACUAACAAUGAAUAUUUGAUGAAACUAGCUGGUACCGAAUCUCUGUCUACUAUUGAUCCAUUCUGGAAUCAGCUGUUAUCAUAUUCAUUCCUGAUCCCAAUAAACAGCUCUGAUGCCAAGCUUUUAGAAGAAUCAACUGUUUCAGUCUGUAAGAACCUAGCUAUCAACAAUGCUAAAUCAGGAAACUUUGGCUCACUUGUACGGACCUUUCUAGUCAGAGCUACGGAACUGAAAGCUUCAGCACAAUGUGAAGAUAACAUAUUCACCUGGCAGACUUAUAAUGCCCUGUUUAUUAUCAGAAGUCUAUGUAAAUAUUUUGUGGAACAUUUGAGUGAAGAACUCAUCAUUCAACAGUUUGAAGCCAGGCCACCCAACAUGGACGGAUAUGUGGAAGCAGAUGAAGUUGGACCCCUAACAGAAGAACUGAUGAAUUCAUUAGUAGAAUUAUUGGUAGAUGUACCUGUAGUGAGUUUUACAUAUGCCCUACACUUAGAAGCUCUGAACACGCUACUGGUAUUAUUGUCUAUACAGAUGUUCCAGCCACAAUCUGCCAGUAAAUUUAUUACAUACAAGUACAUAAUGGAGGGAAGAUGUUCUAUCCAUGCCUGUUUAUUGGUUAAAGCAUUGUUACGGAAUUAUACUGUACAGCAGAAAUGUCCUCCAGAAUUAUAUAAACACACGUCAGAUGCUAACAGUAUGGUUGCUUCUGUGGCAGCAAGUUUGUGGUCAGUUAUGACAUUAGGAAUGGCAAACAAAACUGAGAAAACCGAGGCAGAAUAUCAUGAGACAUUAUUAGCCAAUCAGAGCCUGUUAUUUCUGUUAGUGCUGUCCAACCAUUGUACAACAGAGUUUAGUUUGAACAACCCAUACAGAGAGGCUUUGUGUUCAUUUACUAACUCACAAGAUCAGUCUACUCCUAGUCCAACCCAAGUAGCAGCCACAUUUAAGUUUGACUUUACAGAUCUGUAUAAUAGUUUGUGUUUAUCGUUACGAGAUGACCAGUCCACAUUGCUGUUGUAUUUAUUGAUACAUCAGAAUGCUUCCAUGAAGGCUUUCAUAUUGUCUAGAACAAACAUUGAUCAAUUAGUGAUGCCGAUCCUUAAGAUAUUAUACCAUGCCCAGGACAGGAACUCUCAUCACAUCUAUAUGGCAUUGAUAAUACUUCUGGUUCUUAGUGAGGAUGAAGUCUUCAACAAAGCUGUUCAUGAAAUUAUAUUACGAGAUAUCCCUUGGUUUAAAGACAGACAUCUGACAGAGAUAUCACUGGGUGGAUUGUUAAUUGUUGUGGUCAUUAGAACAAUACAGUAUAAUUUAACAAGGAUGAGGGAUAAGUACUUGCAUACUAAUUGUCUGGCAGCAUUGGCCAAUAUGUCUGCUCAGUUUACAGAUCUCCAUCCAUAUGUAUCACAGAGACUUAUAAAUUUAUUUGCCUUGUUGGGUAAAAAACACAAUAAAGUGAUUGACAUGAUCCGAGAUGCAGCACUGGACGAUACAGAGGAGCAAGGCAAGGAUUCAGAUGUGGAAUCGGAACCAGAUCAUAUGCAAGAUCUUGCUGUGUUAGAAGAAGUGAUUCGAAUGGUUUUGGAGAUUGUAAACAGUUGUUUAACAAACAAUAUACAUCAUAAUCCUAACCUUGUAUAUACAUUAUUAUAUCAAAAAGACAUUUUUUCUCAAUUCAGAACACAUCCAACAUUUCAGGAUUUAAUACAAAAUCUUGAUACAGUGCUGUGCUAUUAUUCAACCAAACUAGAACAACAUGGAUCAAAUAUGUCACCAAAGGAAGUGUUAGAAGUCAUCAUUGAAUCUUCUAAAACAUUUAGAAGGGAUCGAUUAAAAAAAUUCCCUGACCUGAAGUUUAAGUAUGUAGAAGAAGACUCUCCUGAAGAAUUCUUUAUUCCCUAUAUCUGGUCGUUAGUGUACCAUUCAUCUAACAUGUACUUUAAUGCUGCCAGAAUUGUACUGUUCUCGUUGUCAAGUUCCUGACAAACAAUAACAAAUGUUCAUGAGGUUUUAAGUCUAAAAGUUCUCGGCUGCAAGCUAGAGAUGAAGCAAUGUGGUGAAAAUUUACAUAUAUUCCUGGAUCUGCCGUUUUUAUAGAUAUAGAUUUCAUAAAAUAUUCUGAUAUCUUUUAGCUGAUUGUUAAGAAAUAAGUCUAAAAGUUCUCGGCUGCAAUCUAGAGAUGAAGCAAUGUGGGAAAAAUUUACACGUAUCCCAGGAUCUGCCCUUUUUAUAGAUAUAGAUUUUUUUUAAUUUCUGAUACCUAUUAGCUGGUUGGUCAAAUGACAUUGAAGAUCAGAACUGCUUUCAAUGUUGUUCAAGUAGUAUUCCUUUAUAAACUGAAAAAUUGACAUCAGAUGGUUUUUUUAUUUUGAUAGAAUUUUUUUUUAAAUGAUUUAGGUAGUUGCAGUUAAAAUGUUUUGUUUGUUACAAGUGGGACUUAAGUUAUUUUUAGUUAGGUUCAACUGUUUACUGAUUUUUAUAGGGGUUUUUAAGUUGAUAGAAAUCUAUGCUUUCUCUUUCACUUCAUAAUUAACUAAAUGUUCAUUGACAUCAUAAACACACAUAUCUUCAUAACCAUUGUAUUUUAAAGUCAUCUUUUGGUUGUUAUAACCAGCACAAUGCAUUUAGUUGGAAUCAUUUUGUUAAUUUUUUUCGUAUUUUUUCAAUUUUUUUUAUGUUGCUGCAAAUGAUAAAACAUUGCUAAAAUUGUAGUGUUCCUUUUCUUGAAAAGGAGCAUUUCAGUGAUGUUAUUUAUAGAGCUUGUAAAUUAAGAUAGUAUCAAUGUAAAGGUAUUGUUCUUCUGAAUAAACUCAAUUUCAUUUCAUGAUAGUAAAAUCUUUGAAUAUUAUUUCAAUUUUAUAUAUGGGUUCAUAUAUUG